CUUUUUUUUUUCUUCCACUCCAAAUUAGCCGAAAAAUAAAUAAAUUAAACUUCCAAAAUUCAAAAAAAAAAUAAAAAAAUGGAAGGAUUAAUUCCAUUUGUGUACAGAGCAAUAAUUGAUUACAAAAAUAAUACAAGACAAGGAGGACAAAUUACUACUAGUUCACCAAGAUGGAUGAACACUGAUUCGCCGUUGUUGGGUUCUUAUAUGAGACUUCCGGGCGGCUCGGGUCGGUUCGAGAAUUCGGAUUUACAGCUAUUCGGGUCACCCGAUAAUGGGUUUUCCAUGAAUUCAUCGUCAGCUUCUUCUUCAACUGUCGCCGGUAAGAGAUCAAUGAUCUCCGGCGGAUCACCGACGGCGAGGUGUCACUGGAUUUCUACUCGUGCUGUAAACAGAUAAAUUACAUAAUAUUUGGAAAAAAGGUCAUGGUGGGUAUUUUAAUUUAAGGAAAACUGAAAAUGUGUGAAAAAAGUUUUUUAUUUUUUUUAAUUGUUUUUUUAGUUUGGUGAAAGUAAAGUGUAAAGGAUAACCCAAAAGGGACCUUACAUUUAUGUGUUCUUAUGUGAAAAAUCAAAAAUGUAUAUUACUGUAAAAUAGUAUUGUUUGUUUGAUCUAAUAACCACUUUGUUAA